AUGCAGAUGGAGACUACUACUGCAACUGUUAAUUCUUCUACUAUAAAUCUAACAAAAACUAUAGUCGGUGCUGGUUUAUUGGCUAUCCCAUAUGUAUUUAGAAAUGAUGGUGUACUAGUAGGCAUUUUAAUGACAGUAUUGGCAGCAAUUGCUUCAGGGUUUGGUCUCUUUGUACUGGCAAAAUGUUCAAAAACUAUGAUUAAUCCAAGAAAUUCAUCAUUUUUCACCCUAUGUAUGAUGACUAAUCCCUCUUUAUGCCCCUGUAGUGAUUUAGCCAUGUUCGUUCAAUGUUUUGGUGUUGGUCUUUCAUAUCUAGUUCUUAUUGGAGAUCUAUUCCCUGCUGUCUUUGGCGGACCUCGUCAUUAUUGGAUCAUCGGAUCAGGUAUUAUAAUCAUCCCCUUAUGUCUAUUGAAAAAUUUAAAUAGUUUGAGAUAUUCAAGCAUAUUAGGUUUAUUUGCUUUGGCAUACUUGACUAUCUUGGUGAUAGUUAUUUAUAUCAAUAACGUGUUUUUGACAGAUAAUUAUCUUGAAACUAGGGGUGACGUUAAUUGGUUUUCAGUUUAUGAUUGGACUGGACUAUGUUCAACUUUUAGUAUCAUUAUAUUCGCAUUUACUGGCGCAAUGAAUUUGUUCUCAAUAAUUAAUGAACUAGAAAAUAAUUCUAUAAGGAAUAUUACCAAGGUGAUUAAUAGAUCGAUAGGUAUUUCCACUUUUCUUUUUCUAUUAGUAGGAAUUUCAGGUUAUUUAACAUUUGGUAGUAAUACUCUAGGGAAUAUAAUGUUGAAUUAUGAUCCUGAUUCAAAAUGGUGUUAUAUUGGUAAAUUUUGUUUAGGAAGCAUGAUUGUAUUAUCAUUCCCAUUAUUAUUCCAUCCAUUAAGAAUCGCAGUUAAUAAUAUGGUUAUAUUCUAUCAAAUUAAUUAUGGUUCAAACAAGGAAAACACUUCGCCAAAUAUCCGUUCAAAUACAUCUGAUUUGUCUCCAAUUAGUUUGACAAUUAAUGAUGAUGAUAUCCGCUCAAUGCCUGAUGAUAAUGUUGACGAUGUCUUGUUAAGUAAUGAAGUAACAGAAAUCGAAGAGUUGGAUAACGUCUUGUGUGAAACUCCUUUCCCUAACCAUAGAUUUUAUACCAUAUCAUUAUUAUUACUAUUAGUGAUGUAUUCAGUUUCUUUAACUGUCACUUCUUUUGCAUAUGUAUUAGCUAUAGUUGGUGCUACUGGCGGUACUUCCAUUUCGUUUAUUUUGCCUGGUAUAUUCGGUUACAAAUUAAUAGGAUCUGAUUCAUUAGCAAUUGGACAAAUGAUCAGUGAUAGUGAUAAAUUUUACAAGAAAUGUUCCCUUUACUUGGCAUUAUUUGGCUUUUCGGUAAUGUUCUUUUCAUUGUAUCUAAUAUUUAUCGACAUUAAUUCAUCUUAG